GGUAUUUACCACAAUGAAAUCUGGGUUCCAUGGCAACAAAGUUGACAUUGUCAGACUAAACUUAACUUAACUAUGGCCAAGUUUGUGCGUUUUUGGACAGCAAGAGACGUAGUAUUAAAGCAGCUGGUCAAAUCAGCCGAGGAAGCUGAUGCUAACAGAGUGACAGAGUACAAUGCUGCAGUGAGUAUACAGAGCUGGUUCAGGGGAAUACGACUGAGAGCAUACAUCAAGUAUCUCAAUGAUUGUGCUGUUGUCAUCCAAAAGCACUACAGAGGAUUUCUCGGCCGGAAAGCCUACAUGAGAAGGCUAAGAGAAUGUGUUCAGGAGAUGUAUGACAGACACUACAACAAAAUGGCAACGAAAAUCCAGAGCACAUGGAAAGGGUACAAUGUUCGAAAGUAUGUGUUCAACUACGGUGCCUACAAGCAGUACAUGGUGGACCUGAGUAGGAAAAACGAGGCGGUGCUGGCAAGACUCAAGCAGGAGAGGGAGGUGGCCAUGGAGGAGAGACUCAACAGGGAAGAGAAAAUGCAAGAGAUGUUGAUGGAGGAAGAGGCCAAGAGACAUCAUCACAUGCUGAGCACAGAAUGUCAAAAUGGAGUAUUCAGGUCUCAACACAAUGGAUCAUUUGAACAAACUAUGAGAAGCAUGCGAUUCUUCCAGCCAUGUGAAACAAAACUCAAGAGAAAAUCCCCUCAGCUAAAAACAGCUAAAGACACUAGUAUUCUGCCACCUCUCGUCCAAAGACCUAUGGUCCAAGGACCAUUCCGAGCACCAGAAGAGGUUUGGAAACAAAGGGUUAAACCUCUUAGUCCAACGUUGAGGGUCAGCACUUCCUACUACUCUAAAGAAAUUGCUAGAGCUGAGCUUAGGGCUGAGGAGUGGAGAAACAGAGUGAUUGAUGAGAAAUUCCUACCGUUUUCACAAAGAAGACGAUCCUAUCAGUCUCUGAUGCAUACACAAAGCUCUUUUGAGAGACCUGCCUAUGGCUUAAGGGCGGAGAAACCAGUCAGCAAACAGCCAUUCCGAACUGUCGUUCCCCCCAUCCCUAUAUUUGAGAAACUGAACAGUACAUAUUAAUGUGUUUGCAUGACAUUGCACUAUUGAAAAAAAAUGUGUGAUCAAGUGUAUCAUUCAACGA